GAACCUGGAUCACUUCUCUGACAAUAUGGAGGAUUUCUCCAACGAGCUCUUCAGCAGUUUCUUCGAUGAUCCUGUACUGGCUGAAAAGAACCCGCUGCUGGACAUGGACCUGGAUCCACCCACUCCAGGCAUCCAGGCAGAGCACAGCUACUCCCUCAGUGGAGAUUCUGCUCCCCAGAGCCCCCUCAUGCCUGUCAAGACUGAAGAUAAUGCUAACGAGCUGGAGAAUGGAGUAUGGUCUCUGGGGCCCAAGCUCUGCUCCAUCAUGGUGAAACAGGAACAGAACCUGGCUCUAGACCUGCCUGAGUCCCAGCUAGCUGCCAGCUCCAUACCAAUGCUGAACCUCAACCCUCUGCAGAGACUGCCGGCCCCCGAGGAGACUCCCAUAGAAAUGACUCCAGCUCCUGUGAUCAAAGCUGAGCCCAAAGAGGUGAACCAGUUUCUAAAUGUACCUGCAGUAGAUGACCUGGUGCAGAUGCCUCCAACUCCCCCCAGCAGCCACGGCAGUGACAGCGAUGGAUCCCAGAGCCCCCGGUCCCUGCCUCCCUCCAGCCCAGCCCGACCCGCUGCUCGCUCUUCUACUGCCAUCUCCUCCUCACCUCUCCUCACAGCACCACAUAAGUUACAAGGGACCUCUGGCCCUCUGCUCUUGACUGAAGAGGAGAAACGCACCUUGAUUGCCGAGGGCUACCCCAUACCUACCAAGCUACCCCUCACCAAAGCAGAGGAGAAAGCACUGAAGAGGGUCAGGAGGAAAAUCAAGAACAAGAUCUCUGCUCAAGAGAGUCGCAGAAAGAAGAAGGAAUAUGUGGAGUGUCUAGAGAAAAAGGUUGAGACAUACACGACAGAAAACAAUGAACUCUGGAAAAAAGUGGAGACCUUAGAAAAUGCAAACAGGACUCUGCUCCAGCAGUUACAGAAGCUGCAGGCUCUGGUGGCUGGGAAGGUCUCCAGACCUUACAAAAUGGCUUCCACACAGACUGGGACCUGCCUAAUGGUGCUGGCGCUCUGUUUCGUUCUGAUCCUGGGAUCCAUGAUGCCCUGUCUCCCUGAGUUCUCCUCAGCAUCACAGACAGUGAAAGCAACACCAGCACCAGACAUUUACACAACUAGUAAGAUUCAGUCGCGGAGCCUCCUGUUCUAUGAUGAGGGUGCUGGCUCCUUAGAAGAGAGCUAUAGUUCCUUCCUAACCAUGGACCAUCCUGAGGGGUGGGAGGCCGAAAAAGGGCAAUCUGAAGAGCGAAGGCCUCAUCUGGCCAGGACACAUGAGACGAGCAAAUAUCUGAGCAAAUCCCAGCUGGAGGGUCCUGACCAGAACCAAACUGACCCAACUCUCACCCACCUCAAAGAGCAAUUCCAUGAGAGGGAGACAACCUCCAGUGAGACAGCUGAAUAUUUGUAGCAGCUGCUGGACCUCAAGGCCUCAUCUGUCUGAUUGCAGGAUUCCCUCCUCACUGAGCAACAGAGGGAACUUGGCGGGAGAGGACACUGCAUUCAGACGCUCCUAAACUGGCCUUGGGUUCAGCUUCUCCCCUUCCCCAUGGCCCUCUUAGUACUGAUCUCUCUGAGAGGAGUCGCGGGACUGCCAGAACCAGCAAUAACAGACUGGCAAAGUCCUGAGACACCCUUUCCUCCUGGCCUUGUCUCCUGCUUGAAUGAGCACUACCCUAUGGGUGUGGGCUCACCCUGGAGUGGAAGGAGGUCGGAGGGAAGCCCCCAAAAUAUUCAGCACAUUCCCCAAAGCCUCCAGUCCAAGGGGGCUGUCCCCAGGCACGUUGCCCUCAGUUACAUCAGAUGCACCUCAAGGAGAGUGAGUGAGUGCUGGGUUUACUGCCCUGCCUGCGGGACUCAGGGGUGGGUGAUGCCGGGGUUGGAGAGAUGACUCUGGAGAGUUUGAGCUCAUUCCUUCCCCUCCAUCUGUUAAUAUGCUUCUGCCUCCGUUGAGAGAAAACCUAGUUCUCCAUUGCUCUAGUUUUCUCUUGAUGGAUGUGCCUACAUAACUUCCAUGCCAACUCUCUGCAAAGAUCUGCACACAAACGGAGUGGGGGAGACAGCUCCCAGACUCAGAUAAACCACCAUGAAAAUUAACCGGCAGCUUCUGGGCAACCAGAGCUCUCAGAGAUUGAGAACAAUUUCACCCCACAACCCACUUCCCUUCCUCAGCACCCUUGCUCUGGCAGGGUGAUGUUUCCCUUUCUGUCCCCAGCUUGGGCCCUACAGCGCAGCGCAGUGGCCUUCCUGCUUUCCAUUCUGUAGCCUGCCCUCUGAGAGCAGGUGGGAGAAACCCGCUCUUGUUACCUGCUCCUCCUCCCGGCUCUCCAUUCCCAAUUCUGCAUCAUGCCAAACAGGGCCGGUCUAGGAACCACCAAGAAGAGCUCUGCCAAUCCCUUGGAGGGCUGUCACUGGGAGCCAUCGUUCCCCUCAUGUCCUCUGUGCACCCAGCAGAGUGUUGUGAAAGCCACUGAGGACAUUAUGCUGGCAGCUCUGGUGACAGGCACUUCUGUCAGGAAAGAGGUGACAGGCAGUGGAAUUGGCCGGGGUCAUCAAAGACUGUUUUAGGCCUUUUUCUUGUAAGUGCUGGCACCAAAAGUUCCAGCCUCUUCCCGUACCACCCUUCAGGCCAGACUUGCUGAGCGUAGUGCUGAAGCAACCUCAUCUCAAGCCAGUGCCAUCCCUCUUUAGCACCCAGACAUCCGUUUCUGUCACUUCUGCCUUCCCAGGAAAAGCCAUGCUGAAAGAUUUAAGUGUCCCCUCACUCCUUUUCCCUUGGCUGCCUUUUGCUGGAAGGACAACGUGGGACACAAGCGCCUGAGAUCAGGGAUGUGCCUGUUGCCCCAUGUUUGUACAUGGGAGUCCCUGCAUGCAGGCCAGGCUCUCCCCGCAUCACCACAGCCUCUCCGCCAGCCUCUCCUCUCCCCUCAGACCAGGAGGGAAGAGGGCUUCCUGGAGAGGCAGCAUGGGAUGGCUAUUGCCCAAGGACUGGAAGAAGUGAGGGAAGGGCCUCAGAGCCUUCUCUCUUUUCUCCCCUUUGAAAAAAGUUUUUGUCCCCUGAAGCCAUUUGGGAGAAAUUUGGACACAGCUAGCUGCAACCAUAGAUGCUUAGCCAAUGGGGUGGGGAAGAGGAAGGCCUUCAGCACAGCUCUGCUCCUCUGAAGGUUCACAUAGAUCCGCUGGCCACCAGUUACCACUGCACUCCCCAUCCUCUUCCUCCACCCCAGUGCAAAGAACCACUGCCAGGCCCAAGCACACCCUCUUCCACCCCAACCCUUCCACUGUGCAUGCUCCCAUGCCUCCCACUCACACCGUUGUACAGAGACCAAGAGCAGAACUCAUUUGUACAUAGUGAACCUUAUUUUGUAUUAUUGCCAAUCCCUUAAGAUAUUGUAUUUUGGAGACUCUCAGAUCCUAUUUUCAGUAUUGUAUUUUAUUAAGAAUUAGUGCGGGCUUUGCAUCUAUGAACUUCUUUCUUGUUAGCAGCUCACUUUCCCCCUAUACUCCAGCCGCUGCCUCUUUCUUCCAGUUUGUUUUUUUUUGUUUUUGUUUUGUUUUGUUUUUUCAAGCCACCUUUCUCCCUCCUAUCACUUGCUCUGCAUUCGCUUUAGAGAAGCAAAAUAAAAAUAAAAUAAAAAGAUGCAGCAUCA